CAUAAAUCGCUACGUCUUUUGUCAAUAAAACUGUGCGCUUCCGUUACAUCAUGGAUUUCGUCUCUGGUAUUAUCGGGAUCCAAAGCCUUCUGAAUUCACAACUUGUCCAAUACUCGAUCGAACAUCUAUACUCAGGCCGCCACCAUCUCGACGAUUGGAGACCUAUCAAAGGGAAAUACCUGGAGGUCUUUGACCUAAAUGCUGGUUCCGACUACCGUCCCAAUGUCCUCGUGAAAACCGGAGAAGACACGAGUACUGGUCUGCAAGAUCUCCAUGAUCUACCCCCUCAAGAGAAGGACACUGUUCGUGUCUAUAUUUUGCAUGAUGUCGAGCAUGACAAAGACUUUGAAGCGCAUGUCCAGAAGAUAACUUCUACACCAUUGUCGGGAUUUUUGCAUCAUCAUCCACACUCUACUAUUCCGUCGCUUAGCCGACGUUUAGAAGGCAACGAGAUGCCCUGGUGGCAAGACGGCAUAUGUGUCUUUGGCACUGGAAAUGAAUCCCAAGGUCUUUUCCAAACCUUGGUUCGAUGCCACAUACGACUGAGAUGCAUAUGGCGCGAGAACCGCAUGCUCUGCUUCAUAUUCUGCGAGGCUGAAGCUGCAAGCUAUAUAAAGGAAUCACGCAGCAACUCUGAAUCAGCAGGCAGUCUCGUUAAGCGUGAACUGGCCCGGUUAUCGGCCAAUAUCAGGAGUUUGGAAGUCUCUUUACCCGCAAACCUGAAAGUUGGUGUUACCCGGUUGAAGCAACAGCGAAUAAUGAUACUACGUGUUUGUCAUGCCGUCUUAAUCGGUCAUUCCUAUUUCUUAUCAGCAACAGAGACAUUGUUUCGCAUAUCUAUGCGCAAUCUCAAUGACCCGGAUCAGACUAUAGUUGCAUCUGCUCUCUUACAAGUCCUUUCACAGGAUUCGUAUUUCUGGGAACAAGUUCAGCAAAACGUGGCCCUUUUUCUCGACGCUGUCGGUUUUUUUCAGAAGUCUCUGCAACUCAUGGACGACCUUCACAGUGUUACUCAGUUCCAAGAAUUUUUCCUCGAGCUUCAAGCUCUCUGUACAGCUUUAGAAAAUCAGACCUCUUCUUUAUCGUCUCGUUUGAACAGCCGUAUCCAAUUUUUCGAAAUUGGCAGAAGCUUACACGAAUCUGGGCGAGGACAGCUCCUGACUCUUUUAGCCGUAAUCUUCCUCCCGCUAUCUCUUGCUUCUUCGAUACUCAGUAUGCAGACACGGUUCACCGACCUGCAUUACCUUAUUUAUGACUUUUUUGGCGUCAUUUUCCUCCUUGGCACAUUAACUUUCAUUCUACUCGGCGUUCUUCUUCUUCUUCGUUGGGGCUACGGGGAGUUUCGCGGUUGGUUGGAGGACUCUAAAAAAUCCAAUUUCCUUCCGACGAAGUUGACCUGGCUUUGGACAAAGCGAACCCCAAUUUUCACUGUUCUCCUACUGUGUAUUCCUUGGUCGCUCAUCGUUGCGUCAUUCUUGGUCGGUAUGCUAAAUGACAUUGGAAUAGGCCUCAAGGUACUAGGCUACGGAAUUACUGGUUUCAUUACUCUCUUUGGGGUACUUGUUGUCUUAAUGCGAGUAAAAAGAGGUUAG